GUCGAGAUGAAGGUCACCGACGACGACGACAACGAGCAGCCGUGGGAUGGCAAGACCUUCGGCCGGCUCAAGGUGCGCGGCCCCGCCGUCGCAGCCGCCUAUUACGGCGGCGCCGGCACCGAGCAGUUCGACGCCGAUGGUUGGUUCGACACCGGCGACGUCGCCCAUCUCGACCCCAACGGCUACAUGCAGAUCACCGACCGCGCCAAGGAUGUCAUCAAGUCGGGCGGCGAGUGGAUCUCCACCAUCGACCUGGAAAACCUCGCCGUCGGCCAUCCGGACGUCGCGGAGGCUGCGGUGAUCGGCGUGCCGCAUUCGAAAUGGGACGAACGGCCGCUGCUGGUCAUCGUGAAAAAGCCCGGAAAGGAGCCUGCAAAAGGCGACAUUCUAGGCUUCAUGGAGGGCAAGGUGGCGAAGUGGUGGAUGCCCGACGACGUUGCUUUCGUCGCCGAAAUUCCGCAUACCGCCACCGGCAAAAUCCAGAAGACGACACUGCGUGACCAGUUCAAGGGUUAUCGACUGCCGACGGAUUGA